AUCAGUCUGAACUCGGUUACCGACAACGAUGAAACAUACGGCGGCGCUUGAGUGACUUACUAUUCGGCUUUAGUUGGACUCGUUGGUUGGUUCUUCUUCGCAUUUCGUUCAUUUCCUGAUCGCGUCGCGUACACCUUCGACGCGCUUUUCUCGCCAAUCAACCGACCAUCACUCCAAGCACAGGGGCGACAAUUGGUCUUACGUACUCACGAUAUUCCAUAUUUUAAUGAAGUGUUUUUUUGUGUGAAUUUCGAAAUUUUGCAUUGCAAUUGACAUUCCACAAGCGCUUUCGGUGUUUGCAGCGCCUGCAAGCCGUCGCGUUUAAGUAAAAAGAAUAAUAUUAUAUUAAUUAAUUGCAACAACAAUUUGCGUAAUUUGCAUGAAUGCCUGCGAAAGUAAAGAAAGUGAGUUAUCUGAUUGCUGAAGGGGGAACAAAUCGUAAGAAAAUAAUUACCCAAAGCAAAUGCAAUGAAUUGUGCAUAGUGACAAAGUAAACGCAGGAAGUUGGAUGCGAAUUUGUGAGUCGUUGUGCUUUUGCGUGGGUGAGCUUGAGCAGGCAGACUCCGAGCCGUCGCUAAACGGCCGCCAAGGAAAAGCAAUAUAUUUCAACCAAAGUAAUACUUCGGCGCGUUUGAGUAAUUUUUAUGAAAAAUUAUUGAAAUUGAAAUACACUAAUUAUGUUGACAGCAACAAAGCGAGACACGAAUUUUCCAAAAUCCGACGCGCUAAACAGUAAUAAUUUCUUAUAAAUAAUUGUUUUCCCCACAGCAAAUGUGCCUUAAUAGUGCUUUACAACCAACAAACGUAUGCAUAUAUGUAUGUAUUAAAUGUGUGUAUUAAAUUUUUUGACAUAACAGCGUUAAGUGAUCUGAAGAAUACCAAGAUUUUUAAAAUAAACAAAUGUAUUUCUAAAUGAUGCGUUUUUAAAACAAAUUAAUAUUUUUUAAAUGAAAUAAAACGUAGUGGCGACUUUGGUGUUUAUAUACUUGAAAAUUUCAAUAAAUAUUAAAAAUAUAAAAUAAAAUAAAUAUUACUGAUAAAUUUGUCAAAGUGGCAGCUUGCUGCUGCGAAGCUCAAAAGCAAACGUAACGGAGUUUAUAGGAAAGUGUAUUAAAUGCAUACGGAUAUUAUAAUUGGCGAUCAAUUUGUGCCAUCAACAAAUUAUUGGGUAAUGCAGUCCCCCGAAUUUGACUAUCGGCAUGAGCUGAUGGGUCGUUUGCACAAAAUCGAGCCAGAUGUUGAACUUGAAGUAUUAUCCGCGGCGCCGCAUCAUCAUCACCACCAUCACCUGCACCAUCAUCAGCAUCAUCACCAGCACUUGCAUCAGCAUCAGCAUCAAGUGUAUUCACCGCAAAGUAAUCACAGCGGCAGUAAUACGCUUGAUCAUUGGCAACAGCAGCAACAACAACAAUUACAACAACACAAUAGCAGUAGCAACAGUAGCAAUCAUGAGCAUUCCGCCUAUGUGCAGCAUUCAUCGGCAUCGGCCACAGUGGUGGUGUCAGCGUCAACCACAGUUGCCGCACUGCCACAACCAGCAGCCGCAUCCUCAACAGGUGCCGGACAAGCUGCCACCUCAUCAGCCUCUGCCAGUGAUAUACCCGCCGACACUUCAACCUCACCGCACACAUAUACGGCAUAUGAUAACAGCGCAGCGGUGGCAUAUGAAAUAGCGAGCGCCUAUGGUGCAACUAAUGCUGCGGCGUCGGUGGUGGCGGUAGCCGAUAAAGAAUAUUUAUUCGAUACCAAAAAUAAAGAGGCUCUCUGCAACCCCUACGCUGACCUCGAUGAUCCCUACCAGCGUCCGGCACUGUGGGAGGACAUCGCCAGCUCAAUACAAAAUAUCGACCCCGAGAAUGCGCUCAUGUUAGGCAACAACAGCUCAAAUUCAACGGUGGCAGCGGUGACUGGAAGCAGCACAUCACACUUAGCGCUUAUUGGCAGUGGCACUAGUAUAGAGGGCGGCAACAACUUGUUGCCGCAAGUGAAAAUGGAGGCGAUCGAUGAUACGCUGUUGGAGACACUGUCCACACCAUUGCUCAGUCCCAUGGAGAUCAAGACGGAGAAACCGACAUUACAACAACACACACACCUGCACGCACAACAGCAACAACAACAGCAACACUAUGCGCAUUAUCAACUGCCACCACAGCAUCAGUCAUCACACCAUACGCAUCACGCACAGCAGCAACAACAACAGCAACACCUCUACCAACAUCAUCCGAGUUUAGGUGGAACGGAUCUCGCUGCCACAAACGGGGAUGAUACUAUGACGCUCAUGCAACUGCAUCAGCAACACCAGCAGCACCAGCACCAACAGCAACAUCAUAACCAGCAACAGCAACAUAUCAGCGCCUCAUUGAACAACAGUAAUAGCAAUAGUCCUAAUCAACCAAAUCGUUGCAGCAGCACCGCCAGCAGUCACAAUGCCGAGCUAAGCAGCAGCAAUGCGAGCGCAGGUGGCGGUAGCGGCGGCAACAAUAGCGCCUUAAAUGGCAGUGAUAAUAAUAGUAGCAAUAUUUCCUAUCAACAAUAUGCAUCUCAACCACAUUUAAGUAGCAAUAGCAAUUAUCUCAAUGGCAGCGGUGGCAUCAAUGGUGGCGGCGGUGGUGUUGGCGGUUGUCAAAGCGCGCUCGUGGCCUCCUCGUCGGCGAAUGUGACGAUCAGCACGUCCGUAACGCUGACCAACCUAACGGCGGCAUCAACGCUGGACGGCAAUGCGAGCAAUAAUAACAAUAAUAAUGCAACUAUGAACAACAACUUGAAUGCCAGCUACGGCUACAGUUGGCACAACAAUCAGUCGUACCACCCCAAAUACCAAAUACCGCCACCACCGCUAACGAACUCGGCGCUGCACCAGCAAUCACAGCAAUCGCAGCAACAACAACAACAACACCACCAGCCAAACCAAUCAAAUCCGCAACUGUGCCCACCUGCUGCACCAACCGGCGGCAACUCAAUGUCAACGCGACACAUAUUUGUGCCGCCAUUGACGCCACCUAGCUCAGAUCCCGGAAGUCCGGGUAGUUCAAUGGUAGCGGCAGCAGCAGCAGCAGCAGCAGCGGCGGCGGCAGCUGCGGCCACUGGUGGCAAUGCACAACAACAACAACAACAACAACAUACAGCACGUCGCACGACACCACCGCCUCCUUACCAACAGCAGCAACAACAACUGCUACAACAACAGCAGCAACACCUUCACCAUCAGCAGGGUCGUCCACUUUCAAGUAUUUGCCCGAACAUUUUGACACUACACCCGAGUACAAAUGGCACAACGUCAGCAAUGACACCACUACACUCCAGCAACGCCUCCUCCAACGGCGGUGCCAUGCACCACCUAAGUCCCGGUCGCACGUUGACCACACUCGGCGUGAACGGUGUUGGCACUGGCAUCGAUAUGGGCAGCGGCCUGCAUGGUAUUGGUGGCAAUGGUGGCGCUGGUGUUGGUGGCCUGGGUGGCAGUCGUGGACGGGGGCGUGCCGGUGGCGCAGGCGGGCCGGCGCACUUGUCCAACUUGAUUGUGCCGACGAUACGCACGAUACGCUACAAUCGGCGCAACAACCCGGAGCUGGAGAAGCGGCGCAUACAUCAUUGUGAUUUUGAGGGCUGUACCAAGGUCUAUACGAAGAGCUCACACCUGAAGGCGCACCAACGUAUACAUACCGGUGAGAAGCCCUAUACCUGCCAAUGGCCUGAGUGUGAAUGGCGUUUUGCGCGCUCGGACGAACUGACGCGUCACUAUCGCAAACACACCGGCGCCAAACCGUUCAAAUGCGUUGUCUGCGAGCGCAGUUUUGCGCGUUCCGAUCAUCUGGCAUUGCACAUGAAACGACAUUUGCCCAAAAAUAAGUAGAAGCCCGAGUGAAGGUAAAAGGGAGAACUUUGCAAAGCAAGCGGUAGCGAAGAGACAAAAGCGCGCAAUUAAUAAAAAAAUAUAUAAAUAAAUUAAUAGCUUCACAGCAAGCAACUAUUAGCAUAUAAGUUAUGGUGAGAAUAUAAGCGAGCUGGCUAAGAGUUAAGCAAAAAUGUGGGCGAACACAAAACAAAUCCAAAGGACUUUAGUUAAUACGACUAUUGCAACAAAAUGCAUAAAAUUAAAAAUUAAAAUAAAAUUAAUUAAAUAAUUAAUUUAAUUGACAAGUUCAAACAACUUAAACCAACACCGCCGCCAAUGCCUCAAUUGAACCUUAAUUAUUAAAAAAUAAAAUCAAUUUUUUUUUUUUAAAUAAACAAAUAAAUUCUAAACAAACGCAAGCCUUAUAAGUUAUAUGUUGUUCAUACAUAGAGAAUCGUGUAAUUAUGUUAGACCUAUGGAACCAGAGUAUUUGCAUACUUUAUAUAUAUAUACAUGUAAAUAUGUAUGUAAGUAAAAAUAUUGCAAAAAACGAUAAUUUUUAAAUUUAUUUAGUAAAAUUCAAAUUGUUAGACAUGUAAGUAUGUCUGUGUACCUACGGAACCAGUGAGUAAUUGUUAUUUGUUUUUGUACGAGUUUUUAGGUUAACCAGUUCUCCCGCAACGUGUAUUACUUUUGCCAUAAUAUAAAACAUACUUACAUUUUAAAUGCAUACUUCACCUUUUGUUUCCUUAAACUAGUUUUUAAUCAGCACUUUUGCGAUAGUUACUAAACAAAUGGAAGAUCUGUGAACUAGCGAGCACAAAAAGUCCUUAAAGUAUCCUUAAUAAUACAUUAUAAUAUGUUGUACUUAACAAAACGUAACUUAAGCUAAAUAAAAGUACUUUGCUUUGCUUUUAAACAAUUUUUAGCAAAUAAAGCAUAACUUCAAAGGUGGUUACCAACAGUUGUGAGAAUACCUUUUAUCUGACCAUCUGCUUCAAAAUCCUAUCAACUAAGCUGAAAUACUAAAAUACUUGUGUAUACGUUCCACUACUUAGUUUAUAACGGUAAACAUGAAAGUAAUUAAGUCUACAAAACUUAUGUCUGUACUUAAAACCAUAAAUUUAAAUUUAAUAUAUAAAUAAUUUGUAAGAGAGUGCGCUGUACUUCUUCUCUAGCUGUAAGUUACAACAAUUUAUAAUAACACUCAUGUAAAUCAUUGUUCAUGACAAUUAAUGUACAAGCAUAUUUGCAUAUGUUUUACAAAAGUAUGAACCGGAAAGUAUUGUACGCGCUUGCGAACUCUAAAAGCAUAUGUAAAUAUAUGCUGUAUGUACAUAUAUAGAUGAGUACGUAUAUAUGCUGAAAUGCCAUCAGUUGACGACUUCAACGCUUGCAGCGCCAUCUGCAUAACAUUGUAAGCCAUGGCUUAGGCUCUAUAUGUAAAAGAAGUUAUUGUUCAAUCCAUAUAUGUAGGCAUUAAGUACUUAAUUGUAGUUGCGCAAACAAUACUGUAAGCUGGUUGGCGCGCGUUUCAAGCGCCACAAAUUAGUAUGAAUAAACCACCAAAGUGCUGGCACAAACAUUUUUCGAAAAUAAUAAAAAAAA